GAAGUGUUUGUGUUGAUGCUGCAUGGCGGAACCAGACGAGACUUGUUGUGGUGUUUCAGUUAUAAAGACUUCAUGUUGGUCCAUUUACGUCUAAAACAAGACACUAUAAACGUGCUUCGGGAGCUGUUCCAGCUCUCUGUGUAGUCCAGACACGGAGCUGGUUGAGAGAACACGAGUAUUUAGUCUGUUAGUUGGUCUGUUAGCAGUGUGUUCAGUGAGCAGUCUGGAGAUGUGCACACAGACCAGGGCGGCGGCUCUGAUGGCCAACAUCCCCCGAACAGACAUCGACCCGUCCGGCGUCUUCAAGUACGUCCUCAUCAGAGUGCACAGCAAAGAGCCGGGAGACGACGCAGAGAUAGAUAUAGUCCGAGGAUACGGCUGGGCUGAGUUUCAUGCUGAUAUCUAUGAUAAGGUUUCUGAGGAGCUGGAAAAGGACGGCCACCUGGACUGUGAGUGUAUCGGAGGAGGGAGGAUAAAUCACGAUCCCCAGGCCAAGAAGAUCCACGUCUAUGGAUACUCCAUAGGAUUUGGAAGAGCGAACCACGCAAUAGCUACUGAGAAACUGAAGGCUCAGUAUCCAGACUAUGAGGUGACCUGGGACAAUGAAGGAUACUGAACUGAACUAAGAUCAGCCUCUGUUGGGCGCCCUUUCUCCUGGACUGACAUGGCACUUUCCCCCUCAUGCGAACGCAGGGCAUGUCAUUAAGAACCACACAGAGUUUGAUAAGAAGCUUUUUGAUACCACAUUGAUAAUCCAAGACCGACAUACAGCGACAAGUCUUUUUUUGCGCUUAUUUUUAUUUUCAGUUUGAGUAAAGAAAUAGCAAACAAUGUUGUUUUUCACAUUUUUACUUUAUUUGGAUCUAAAACAAAUGCAUGAUUAUCUUCAGUAGUUUGAACUCUCAUCUGGAAUUAUCGAAUAGAUAACCGGUCAUGACGUACAGUCACUCAGACUUGUUUUAGAGUCACAAAGCCUCUUAAAUUUUACCUAAUCAUUAAGAUCUAUUGGAAAUUGCUUUGUCGUGAUGUAUGUUUCAUAAAUGUUUCUUGAAAUCUGCUUUUAAAAGGAUAGUUUUGGUGUUUUAAAGUGGGGUUGUAUGAGGUACUUAUCCAUAGUCAGUGUAUUACCUACAGUAGAGGACAGUUGGCACACUCCUAGUUUGGAGAAGCAGACGGGAGUUACCGCACAGAACCAAAGCAAUGUACUGCUGUGGACUGGGCCGGCAACAUAUGUUUUUUAGCACCUAAAAGAAAGGCAUGCCUAAAAAUAUCAGUAUCGGUUUAAGUAUACGCUAUAUUUAGAAUAUUUUACUGCUUUACUUUGCUGUCAGUCCGCCGUUUCUGACGGGAAGCUGAAGCCACUGUAUCCAUCUAUGCUGUCGCCGAAGCCACGUUUUGCUGCUGCCCCCGUCCACAGGAGUGCAUUGCUUUGCUCCCGUGCUGGUACUCCUGUCUGUUUUUACAAACUGGGGGCACGCCGACUGUCAUCUACUGUAGGUAAUACACUGACUAUGGAUAAGUACCUCAUACAACCCCACUUCAAAACACUCCAACUCUCCCUCUAAGUUGUGUGCAUACUGUGCUUCUUCUGUUACAGAGCAGAAACUUGAAAACGCCCGCCCAUAACAUUACUUAUCUUACUUUUGGCUAACAGCCGUUGUAUUCCUGCCAGCCACUGACAGGACUGUAAACUGCUGAUGAAUUAUGUGGCCUUAAUGUGGGUAGAUAAGAUAAAAUGAACUUGAUGAUCUUCCAAGAUUACAAUGUGCUGAAGUAUUUUGAAAUAAUGACAUACUGGUAAUUUUGCUAAUGAGAGGAUACUACUGUAGGUAUGCUGUUGACCUAGUAUUUCAGGUAUUUAGUAUUUUAAACCUGCAUUUUUAGUAUUUUUUCAUUUUUUUUUCUGUUUGUGGAUAUAUAUAUAUAUAUAUAUAUAUAUAUAUAUAUACAAUGGCAUAACAUUAAAUGUACCAUAUUAACAACA